AUGGUCUGUAACAGCAAGCCGACGCAGUCGAAGAAGGUAUGCAUCAUCGGAGCCGGCAUGGCCGGCCUAGCCGCGGUGUACGAGCUCCGCCAGGAAGGGCACGACGUGACGGUGCUGGAGCAGAGCGGUGACAUCGGCGGGCAGUGGCUUUACGACCUGAGGAGCGAUGGCGCCGACCCGCUCGGCACCACAACGCCAGUGAGAGUGCACAUCAGCAUCUACGCGUCGCUCCGGCUCAUCAGCCCUAGGCAGACCACGGGCUUCACUGACUUCCAAUUCAGCCCCAAGAACGGCCGCGACAACCGCCUUUAUCCGGGUCAUCGCGAGAUGCAUGCGUUCGGACUUAUGGAGGCUGUGGCGCAGCAGGGGAGAGCAGGCGAUGACGCGCUGCUAGAGCAGCGGCGUCUGGCCUCCGCCCUACGCAUGGAGAGGCGGUGCGCGCAGCAGGAGCUGCGGCGGUGGGGAGGCGACUAUGGGGCGGGGACGUUGAACGCACCGUCGGGCGACCAUUAG